AGUCGUUCCUCGGCUCUCCCUCUCGGGCUCGUUCUCUCUCGGCACUCUUGGAAUUAACGUGUCCUUGUCCGACAGCCGUGAUAAGGUGCACGAGAGAGUCCACAGGGGGGGAAAACGACGAGCGGAAUCCAGCGGCAAACGUUCGACGGUCGUCUCUCUCGACGUACGUUAACUCCGGCUCGGCUUUUCUACACGUACACGUACACGAACACACGCUCACGCACUCGCUCACUCACACGUACACUUGCAUAAACAGACACUGACACAUACACGUGAACAGUAAACGGAGAGCGUACGUUAAAUCGCGCGCGACGUCGUUCACGUCUACAAUUUUGACGCUGCUCGCAACGAGGAGUCAAAAACCCUCAAAUAAAACGCGUUGUGUGUCUUUUAUUUUUGUUUCUUUUGUUUAUCUUAUACUCUCUCUAUCCCCGUUCCUGUUUUCAACGCUGCUCCCGCUCCGUAUUUUUCCCUCUUCGCGCGAUCAUUCGCCACGAUGAUCCUCGACUGAUCCAGUUUCCGCGUGCACUUUAAUUAUCGGGAGAGACAAAGUGUCUGUGGCUGUGUGUGUGCGUGUGUGUGUGUGUGUGUGAGUGUGUGUGCGCGAUUCUACAGCGAGAGACUUUCAUUUAUAUGCAGUAAUACAUUGCCACGGAGGGAAAGAAAGAACGAGAAAAGUACGCGCGAGUGUGUCUCCGUGAGGAUUUAAACAGUGAAUUAUUCGCCAGGAGGCGAGAAAAAGAACGAACGUUCGCUUGAAAAUAGAGUGCCGGGGAGGGAUUUCGGAUGAAAGAAUAAGCGGGGAGAUAAGAAAGCACGCACAACGCAGACGGCUUUGUGAUAGCAGCGUGAAAAUCCGAGUCUCGCCACGUCGAAAUAUCGUGCUUCGCGUCCAAAGUACUAAAAAAUUGAACGGUGCGAUUUGAUAAUUGCAGGAUUCGAGGGCCGCGGUAGUUUCGUGAAAAGAAGGUGAAACGAUCGGCAAAGUGCACGAGAAUAAGGAAGCGAGGAUAAGGAUAACCAGUGUGGGAUAGUUAAAAAGGAGCUACUCGGUUGGAGGGUUGCCCGGGCUAAUCGUUCAUAAUCGAGGGGAGCGUUUUCGAAGUGGUGUCGAGGAGGGGUAGCCUGAGGCACAACCGAAAGGAUUAUUCGCGCAGCCACGAGCGGAACAGUGCCGAGGAAGAGGAAGCGGAGGAGGAGGAGGAGGAGGAGGAUUACGAUAUUUACGGGGAUGACGGACGUGGAAGUUUAAGGAGACGAGAAGAUUCGAGAGUCAGGUUAUCGAGAUCGGCGGUGCCGGGGGGUUAUCGGGAAGGCGUCGUCGUGAGGGUUCCGCCGACGGGAGUCGUCGGUGGUUACUGUGAUGUGGUGGAGUCCCCCGGAGGGUCGCGGUUGCAUCAUCAAGAUCACCGCUAUCAGGAGCACCGAGAUCACCACUCGCAUCGCGAGCAGCAUCAUCUACAAGGAGGUGGAGGAGGCGGAGGCGGCGGCGGUGGCGCAUCGUCGUCGUCUUCCCGUCGUCGCGUCAUCGUGAGAGCUCCCUCAUCGGGUCGCGAUAUCGGCAUAACGGCCCGCGGCGGCCUGGCCGGUGGUCCCGAGGAGGAGGACGACGGCGUAGGAUGGUGUGACCUCCGGCGUCAUCCCGCUCGACGUGGAGCCGGUGGGGGUGGAAGUGGCGGCGGCCCCGGCUCCGUCGGUGGUGGAUACGGUACCGAGCGUCUUCUCCUCGACUCCGAGGACGAGGAAGAACUCCCACCACCGCCGGGUAUGUCGUGGCAACAGCAACAGUCGAGAUCUGUUGGAGGUGUCACGGACAACCGCGGCGCUGGGCUUGCCACUUCCUCAUCCGCCGUUCAUCCUCCAUCCUCGUACACCCGCGACGAACGCGACCGGGAUCCGAGGCUCGUCGACACGGCCAAUACCGGACGCGAGCCAAUAUCCUCCCGCGAAUUGCGGGAGUCGCGUGAUCUCCGGGACAUCAGGGAUCAUCGUGACAUCCGCGACUCGAGGGAGAACUACGCUAGCGCCUCCAGACGAUCCGAAUAUCGUAGCGGCGACAGACCCGAGCGCGAACAGGACUACGACGACUAUGAUCCACCUGCUACCACGCGCUCCAAUCCUUCGGCCAACGCCUCGACCGCAGUCACCAAUAAUCCGACGAGAUCAAACGGACGAGCUUACGCCGGUGUCGUAUCAACCUCGGAUCCACGCAACAACCUCCAGUUGGUCAAUUUGUGCGUGCCCAAAAGAAGAAAUAUCAUCGGUUCGGCAGACUCCAACUAUUCGCAGCCGAGCUCGGAUCUCUCGCUGGACGAGGAGAAGGAAAGCUUGCGACGUGAGAAGGAAAGACAGGCGUUAAAUCAGCUCGAAAAAGCGAGGGCGAAGCCGGUCGCGUUCGCGGUCAGGACGAACGUUAGUUACGAUGGGACAGCUGACGACGAUUCGCCAGUCCACGGCUCAGCGGUCAGUUUUGACAUUCGUGACUUUCUUCACAUCAAGGAGAAAUACGACAACAAUUGGUGGAUUGGAAGGCUCGUGAAAGAAGGUUGCGAUGUCGGUUUCAUACCAUCACCCGUUAAAUUGGAAGCCCUUAGGGCCCAGGCGAGUGCAGCACGUGGCACGAAAGGUCUCUAUUCGGCCCGUGGUGGCUCGUCCGGGAAUCUGGGCGAGAGCGGAAUGCCUUCUCGAGGGUCCACCCCACCGACACCCGGCGACGACAGUGACAGCGUCGGGAACGUACGACCUGGAAAAGCCACCCUGACGACACCGCCAGCCAAGGAGAAGCGGAAGAACUUCUUUAAGAAGCCGUCCUACGAAAUGGCUACGCCUUACGACGUUGUCCCAUCAAUGAGGCCGGUCGUCCUCGUCGGACCUUCGCUCAAAGGUUACGAAGUUACGGAUAUGAUGCAGAAAGCACUUUUCGAUUUUCUAAAGCACAAGUUCGAGGGCCGGAUCAUCAUAACGAGGGUAAUGGCCGAUAUUUCGUUAGCCAAAAGAUCCUUGUUGAAUAAUCCCACGAAAAGAGCGAUAAUGGAACGUUCCACGAGUAGAAGUGGCUGCCUUGCCGAAGUCCAAGCAGAAAUCGAAAGAAUUUUCGAGCUCGCGAGAACUCUUCAGCUGGUCGUGCUGGAUUGUGACACGAUAAAUCACCCGUCACAACUGGCGAAGACGAGUUUAGCGCCAACGAUCGUAUAUCUCAAGAUAUCGUCGCCGAAAGUUCUGCAGAGGCUCAUAAAGUCGCGAGGAAAGUCGCAAACUCGUCAUUUGAACGUACAGAUGGUAGCGGCGGAAAAAUUGUCGCAAUGUCCAGCGGAGAUGUUCGACGUAAUAUUAGACGAGAACCAAUUGGACGAGGCGUGCGAGCACGUCGCCGAAUAUCUCGAGGCUUAUUGGAGAGCGACGCAUCCGCCAGUUAUUGCCCCGGUACCGAGAGUCAUGCCAGCUCCGAACACGCCAGCUGACGUUUUGGACACCCGUGUCUCCGCAGGUCGCCACCACGAGUUUUACUACGCUUACGAGCCAAGAGGUCCAGAUUCUUACGGUGGUCACGGUGGCACGAGGAGAUCGAGACUGGAGAGGCGCGAGAGGGACCGAGGGGAUCGCGGCGACCAGGAGUACGCGACCGAGGAGGAAUCUUAUCUCGGUGGGGUCGGGGAUUACGGGAGCGUCUCGAGACGUCGUCAGCAGCAAGAUUCCCGUGCGCUUAAUGCCAUUUAGGAGCUGGGGCCCCGGGGCCUGUCGUUACAACGACGAUGUCCCAAGUUGAAAACCACAGCCCUCUAACCAAAGCAAGCGACGAAAUGAGAGAGAGAGAGAGAGAGAGAGAGAGAGAGAGAGAGAGAGAGAGAGAGAGAGAGAGAGAGAGACCAAAACAAUAAAUUGUUACGGACUGUAUUAACGAGAGUUUAAUUUACGAAGGAGAAAGAAUGAAAAAAGCAAACAAAACAUGAAAAUAUUUCUGUUUUCGUAAGGUGAAACGAGUGAGAAUUGUCGAGAGAAAAAAAACGAACGAGAGAGAGAGAGGGAGGAGGCAAAGAGGACAGCGAGAUCUGGCGAAAUCGCGAUCACUUUCGUGGACUCGCUCGACGAAAUGAUUGUGCGAUAUUUGCCGCGACGAAGAGAGCUCGGUUCGAUUAAUUAGGAAGAAUAAAGAAUUGGACGAUUGCGAAAGUAAAUAAUUGCGACGGAGAGAAGAGAAAUGGUCGAUUUAAGUGGGAACAUGUUGAAACGAUGGAAAAAAAUAAUGGACGAGUUGCACUCGAGAAAAAUAAAAACGCCCUGGGGCCUUGGUUUUCGAGUCUAAUUUCCCGUCCGGCCCCACCAAACACUCCCCGCCCGCCCCCCCCCCCCCCCUCCGCGCACUCCUCGCACAUCCCUCAAGCGACGAACAGGAAUAACAACAACUCGUAAUUAAUAUUAUUAUAAUAGUUUUAAUAGUACGCUGUAAGGCGAUGAAAGAGGAUCUGAAACGAAGGUUGAAAAAAGCAAGAGAUUCGCUAGCGGUGUCGAGUCAUUGUCGAAGCUGUUUUCUUUUUAUUCAAUUUUUCGUCGUCUUUUUUUUGUCAUAUUACCUAAAGAAAACUUUAUUUGUCUCAGCGCAUUUCAAAAUCAACACUUCCAAGCAUUUUGCCUCGAAAAAUGAUAAAUACUUGGACGCUGAAGAAUUUCAAACAUAUGUUAACAACAAAAAAUAUUAACGACGUUAAUAUCGUUGAUUGGAUUGUCCCAACGAUUUCGUUUGACCGACUGUCGUUGAAAGUAUUCGAGUGAUUCGACCGCGCUACGUGAAUCGUUGCGUCCUCGGUUCGUGAGAGCGACGCGGUUAGUUAAUUAAACAAACAAACAAACACACACACACACACACACACACACACACACACACACACGCGCGCGCGCGCGCACGCGCACACACACACACACACACAGGGCGAGUGACAAUGCAUAGAAUAGGUUACGAAAGUGGAAGAAAGAGAGCGAGAGUAAAAAACAGGGCGUGAAAGAAUAAAAAAAAAAAAAAAACAAUGAAGCAAUGGGAUGAAUCGUUCGAGACGAAUUUUCAAAAAUGAGUUUCUCGAACGGGGUGAAAGCUCUGACUGAAUAUCCACCGAAUCGAGAGUGAGCGAGAGAGAGAGAGAGAGAGAGAGAGAGAGAGAGAGAGAGAGAGAGAGAGAGAGAGAGAGAGAGAGUUCUCGAAGAACUUUGAGCUGGAGCACGAGAGUUGUGAUUCGAACGAUAUAAAACAAACAAAAGCGAGAGAGUGGGAGGAGCUACUGUAAAUACUGUAAGAAAAAAAAAAAAAAAGAAAAGAUACAAAAAAUCUUCGAAUAAAAAAAUACACAUCGCUCAUCGGAGAAUGCAUCUAUAUAUAUAUAAAUAUAUAAAUAUUAAAAUCUAUAUGUAUAUAAAUCGUAUACUUCGAUCGGAGCAAAUAAAUAGGUAAAAAUCACACACUUUUACGAGAAUCUCUGAUUAUAGUUCUACUAAUGCAAAUGAAACAUAUUUGAAAAUCGUUUUCUCGAUGAAAACAUCGCGGAAGUAACCACCGGAAUCCCGCGUACGAGGGAGACACGAUAGCGAAUCAAGAGCAGAAAGGUCCCAACGAAAAUCACACCCUGACACAGGAAAACAAGAAAGAAAAUAAACGUCAAAAUAAACAACGGAGAUAUUGGGGACGCUGAAUCGGAUCGCGACUAUCUUAGACUAUUAGCACGUAAAGCGAGAACCAUUAAGACGAAAAACAAAAAAAAAAGAAAACAUUUUUAAAAAUAAAUAAAAGAAUCCCGUAGCCUCGGAUACGCAAUUUCUAUAUUAAUAAAACGAAGAAGAGGAUGAAGGAAAAGAAAGAAAAUAAUUAGCCAAACUUAUCAACGAGACAGUUCGACAGGGAAUAACUUUCACUUGUGUAACAAGAUUUUUGACAUUUCAAAAAUAACAAUCUCAACACACACGUACACACACACACACUCAGAGACGCAGACAGAAAUGGGAAAACCCAAAAGUUUCAUAAAAAUAGAUCGAGAUGGAAAGUCGUAUCGAGCCGUCCGCUCGUAGAGAUAUUUAAACCAACAGAACAAACGGUUAAAUUCAAAAUGGAAACAGAGUUUUAUCGAGCAGUGACAAAGAAACGUUUUAUCGUGACGCCAGAAUUCAGGAAAAGCUAUCCCGAAGAACAGAAAGCGAAAGAGCGAGAGAGUGAUGUGAGAAAAUAUAUUCAUAGUCAUUCGACUGCGUGUAUAUAAAUAUCCGUCAAAAAAGAGAAGAGAAAAGAGGAAAAACAAGUGAGAGAGAGAAAAAUUAAAUAAAUUUCUCCGUCGGGUACGGCAGAACUCGGAAGUAUAUUGUAUGUAUAUUGUACACGUUUGUAUAUACAAAUAUCCGGAUUCUAUGAUAAUUAAAAAAAUUAGCAUCGGAAAUAAUGAUUCGUCGAGAUCACGUAAACGUGCGCGCGUCGUACGCGCGCCGUAACGAGGCGUAGAAAGUCGCCGCUUUCGUUCUCCCCCAUCCUCCCCCCCCCCCCCCCCCCGACCCGCUCUAUUAUCGUUUUAUCUUCAUUCGUUUUUAUAAUUCACGAAUCGGCGAUUACGGGAUAUUUUACUGAAUUAUCGAAAAAAAAAAAAAUAAAUUAAGAACGUUUUGUUGUCCUCUGCGUGAAAUUUGGUUGGCAUAUUUCUUGCUAUUUUCCUAGGGCCUCGCUCACUUUUUUGCUAAUCAAUAACGAAAAGCGCUUCAGUACUUGUGACGAUUUAUUAGACCUAAACGAGACAAAAAUGACAGAAAUUCUCUUGUGACGUAGCUCGAGACACUCCCUCCUGGAGUCGUAUGUGUGUGUGUACAAAUAUUAACAUGCAGUAUCACAAAAAAAUUGACCACGUCGUAGACGAUAAACCAGAUGAAGCAAGAGAAUAGCGCCGAGUCGUGAGUCAGAGAAAAAAGGAAGAGAUUAAUAAAUAAUUUAAUUCCAAAAUGCUCCCUCCUCGUUAUUCAUUGCUUCGAUACACGCUCUUGCGUUCGAAUAUAUUAUUAUUAUUAAUGAGAUUGGAAGUCAGCAAAACGUUUGAGCUUGCAGAACUGAGGGAAUACAAAUUGGGAACGGUGCGCGACUAAUUCUGGACAAAGUAAUGGCUCCUCUGACGAUAAUCGGUGCGCCAAACAUUCAUAAUCAUUUUUCAUCCCGUGAGUUCAGUCAAAUACUCGCAGUAUCUCGGGAAUAAAAAAAAGAAAGAAAAAAAAACAAUUUUUAAUCAUUUCUCGAAACUGCAGGAGUAUCGUAACGAAAAAUAUUCAAAUAUUGGAAAAUUCAUGUAACUUCCACCUCCGAAGCCCGUGGAUCUCGAGCAAAUUUUUGCAUAUCUGGAAAUUAUGUUUUAAAACGUUUGAAAAAGCCGCUGAUUAUCAGCAGAGUGUUCACGAACGCCCUGUCGAGGGGCUCACCGCGUUUGUGUACACGUUUUUGCGUCGAAAGCUGAAACGAAAAAAAAUGGGAGCAGGGGAAAAAACAAAAAGACAAAAUAAAUCGCUAAUGCGCUACUCGAAGGGUGUCUCUCACGCUGAAUCGCGCCAAGGGCGAAGGAAACACGAAAGUCCAUUUGGGAACACAUACGAAUUUUCUAAUGCCUAGAUAUAAUUUACGAGAAAUAAAAACAGAAGUUAAGAGAAAAAUCGAAUGUUGCACGAGCGUACGAUAUUAAGUUUUAGAUAAAAUGAUAAAAAAAUGAUGAAAUUGAAAAUGAAAAUAAUAAAAAAAAAACUGAAAAAAAGAAAAGAAAACAAAAAAUUGUGCGUGGAGCGAAUUGGAUAAAAAAGAAAGAAGAAAAAAAACAGUGAGUUACAUGCAUGAGCUUUUGAUAUGAUGCGCUACGAACUAAUUGAUUUAGAAUAUUUAUUCGAUGAUUUUCAUUAAUCGCGUGUAAAUAUAAUCGUGUACGUGAAUGCGCGCGCGCCUCGAAUGAAGCCACAUUUAUUUACAUGCGUAUUAACGCCUCGUCGAAACGUCUUUCGCGUGUCCCUCGUGUGUCGGAAGCCUAGAGUCGAAACGAGACUUAUUUUAACGAGAAUUGAAUUUUCAAAAAGAAAAACAAACGAAAAAGAAGUACUAAAUACACUUACUUGAAAGAAUAAACGCUUGAGAGCCGAUGCGAGAUCGAUGAGCGUUAUUUGAUGAUUAAAAAAAAAAUAAAAGAAUUAAAUGAAUAUUGAGAGAGUCACGUUUAAAGCGCAUCAAAGAUUAUAAAUAUGCGUCAUUAAUUAUAGGGUCCUCGGUUUUAGGCUGGUUAAUUGGAUCAAUUUGCAAUCUCCUCUGCGAUUAAUAGCUCGUGCACGCGGCUGUGAUGCAGGAGCGCUCGUCGCGCACUUUUUCUAACCAUCCUCCGCCCGCCCCCCCCCUCUUCCCCUUUUCUCCUAAAACAAGUCGUCGGUGUGUAAGAUCAAGUUUUUUUUUAACAUUGAAACUUCGCGAAUAUCGGUUCGAACUAUUCGCACUGUCGAUUAAUAUUUUUUGCGCGCGAUGGGUGAUGCAAAUUUUUCGUGUGUGUUUACGAGCGAGAAUACGAGAGAGAGAACGCGAUCGUAAAGAGACAAGAAAAAAAUAUACAUAUAAUAUAAGACGGUUAUACGAAUAAGUUGUCGAUUAAUAUUAUUAUUAUUAUCAUUAUCAUUAUUAUUACGAUUAAUUCAUUAAUUACCGAUGUCAUUAUCAUAUAAAUGUAGUUACGAUUAUGGGUGAUGGGUGCAUUAUUUUGUGCGCGAGUGCGUAAUGCGGUUAAACAACUUAAAAAUGAGUAAAUCUUUAAGCUUUGUGAGAAUUAGCUGGAAAAAUUUGACGAAAGAGGCAAGAGACACGCAGGGAUUCGAGUCUUGUGAAACUCGAUAGAUAAAUAUUUACUGGACGUUUGCACAAGAAACGUCGAAAAACGGUGAAAACGGAGGCGAAUUUCAUAGAGAAAAUUAACAAAUUUUUAUAUAGACAGUAGGCUCGACACGUUAAAGCUUUAAAAAACUUCGGCGUCAUCGAUCAUCAGUUUUAUUCACGAGAAAAAUAUCAUUCUUAUGGAUACUUCGAUUUAUCGUUCUAUUGGCUCGAUGACGUUUCUAAAAAAAAUGCCAAAAAUUCUUUCGCGAUCGAACCCCUGGGCGAGGGAAACGAUUAAAUAAAUUUCCCUCAAUUUUCGAGGAAACGGAAAAUAGGCAUCAGCUCUGCUAAAAUACGAUGUCGUGGAACGUAUUGAAAACGUACAGUUUCAAUAUUUAUGUAUAAAAAGAACCUUUGAGAUUACAACAACCUUUUUUAUUCCGCAAUAAACUCAAGAAUACGAAAAAAAUUGUAUCAACAUUACUUUUUUAUUUUCUCCAAAAACGAUGCGCAAUCGUAUUUUAGAUAGCUACGAAAAUUGUUGAGAAACUCAAAGGACUUGAAUAAUUGAGUUUAACGACAAGGAAUUAUGGAAUUAAAUUAUUUACGACAUUACGGCUGUCUUCGUCGAAAGUAUUAUUAAUAAUUUUCUUCAAAUAUCUGUUUAAAGCCGUUAAAUUUGAGUCGAGCGUAAAAGACUAACCUUUUUGACGUUGCCGGCAAGUUGUUUUCCUUUCCUUUGUUCGUCUGCGGAGUGUGCGAUGAAGAUCGGGAAAAAAUAUUUGAAGCCGGGUUUCGAUGUUGAUAUGUCAAUGCUGUGAUGUUAUCCCUUAAAUAAUCUCCGAAAUUCGACGGUGAUGUGUGAGCGAAAAUGUGGUGCGAGUAAUAUUAAAAAAUGACCCUUGUGUCCAACCGCACAGUCCGACGCGUAUGCAAGCACUGCGAAAACAAACAAAGAACAAAGAACAAAAAUUCUGCAGAACGACCCCCCCCCCACUCCUGCCCCGCGCCCUUCAGACUGUCCGUACCUGCUGCGCCUCUCGCGUCGCCCACCCGAGCCAUUUUCGGUAAUUCGCAGUUCCCACCGUAAAAUUGAAUAUUUCUAUUACUCUGUAAUUCGCAAUUAGCCCUUAACGAGAAACACAGUAAUAGCUAGAUUUUAAACAUUAUAUUUAAUGUCGAAGAAUUAUUCAUUAUAAAAUUAUUAUUGUUACAAACCUCUCGGGUGAUUUGAAGACGAAACAAAACAAAAGAACAAAUGAUAAAAAAACACAAACAUCUCCUUGUAUACUUCGUGGCCUUUCGGAAAGCGAAACGCGAAAGAGACGCACGAGAUUUCAUAGAACGAUAAAUAAACAAAAUAAAAGGUAAAUAAUAAAAUAACAGCCAGGAGACUGCGAAUACAUUGAUGAAUAUUGUUUAAAAAGGGAAUGGAGAAGGAAAUACAUUUUGGAAUAUUACGAACACACAUGAUCAGUCGAAACAAAAAAAUUAUUGUAAUACGAGAGAGAGUGCUCCAACACCACCGCCGCCGUUGCCGUUUGUCAGUCAUCGUCGCGCGACGACGCAGCAAUCCGAUACAGCCGCCGCCGCGAUGAUCAGUCGAUCGACGUUUUUUUUGUGUGCUCGGGUCGGUUUUCUUUCCGAAAAACCACUGGACCCAAAUUCCUACACUUGUCGCAUUUGUAAAUAAAAUUUUUAUCAUCACAUGAGUAAAA